AUGUCAGCGUCCUCGUCGUCGAAUACUGGUCGAGUGGGUACUAGUGGUGCAAGAGGUUCCGCUUCGGGCUCAGGAGAUGGUGCAGGUGGUCUAGGUGGUGGAAAUGGAAGCGGUGAGGGUAGAGGGUAUGGUCGGGGAGAAUAUUCUAUCGAGGGCUUGAAAGAGGUAUUCUUCCUCCUGCUGUCGAACCCAUCAUCGACAAUCAGUCUAGUCUUGCUGCUCGUUGCUGGGUGCAUCAUUAUACGCUUGUUUGGAAUUCUAAUUUUUCGAAAGCCGGCCGUGAGUGCUCAGACUCAGACUAGCCGAAAAAAGAGCCGAUUAUAUCAGGCUACUACAGCCUCCCCGUCCAGUUCUCCCGGCCCGCCUGAUGUACUUGAUGCUACCUCGAUGACUGCCUCCUCUCCUGCGGCUGCGAGGGGAUCCGGAAUUGGGGAUAUCGUUCGGUCGUCUUCCGGUGCCGGGCCUAUGCCUGCUGCUCGAGUGAGACACCCGACGGAUCCUACACCUACUCCAUCAUACCCAUUCCCUCGGAUGGAGACAUCGAGAACGAUAUCCAGUGUAUCGACUGCAUUCAACCUGAACAUGUCACCGGGUACGGGCCCCCAAGAUAGGCCCAUCCCAUCCGGCACUAAUACCCCUGCCUCAUUUGCUUUCCAGCCCUCCGGAACACAACCCAUAACGUCAUGGGAGAGCCCUGACUUUCCCACUCCAAAUAUGUAUGAGCUUGCUCUACUAUUACACUCUGAGGCUGGGAUAGACGCCUUCUGGAGCAAUAUUAUCAAGAUCGCUACGAGUUGUUAUAAGGCAGAGCGUGUUACAUUGGCCGUGCCAUCCGAUCUCACAGACCUGGAGAAUACCCCUUGGGGCCAAAAGGCUACUUUUAACGUCGCUGAAGAUGAUUGCUUGUCAUUAACUUACAUGGGAGAGGCGGGGUGUGUGGAGGAUCAAGAAGAGUCAUCGCCUGAAGAGGAGGAUGGAACACAUGGCGUCCCUAUCCCAAAAGAAUUUGUUUCACCAACACAAUCGGAAAAUCUGGCUGCAUGGGAAGGGCUCGUGUCGAGGCUGGAAAACGAUGAUGAGCUUUCUACACCCUUAAACAUCGAUAUGAACCCGGAUGAACCAUUUACUUCGGUGACCAUCGGAUUGGCGGAGAGCCACCAUAACGGCACGGGGGAUUCGGAUUGGCUUUCUGAGACUAGCAGCUUAUCACCAAUGGAGCCUCCCCAACCCCCACCGUUACCCCCAGAGUUGGAACGACAAGGGCAGAGGAGCAUGCCUCGUUCUGGAGGUGCCCAAAGUGAGAUCAGGGGCCGGGUGUUCCAGACGCUGCAGCCGUUAAAUUAUGAGGCCGAUGCGUUGCUGGAUGGGGCUGGCGUUAGUAGGGUGUUACAGAGGGGGAGGGUUGUGGUUUUGGGGAGGGAAUAUAGGGAUGUCAGGACUCAUCUGGAGGGGUUAGAAAAGCGGCGGAAGGGGGCUAGGGAAGCCGAGGAAGGCGCUACUGGAACGCCAAAAACCUCACUAGCUAGCGCUAUUUCCUGCGACGGAGGGAAAUCUUCUACAUCGAUACCCGAGACAGCGUCGACGCAGGGUGUAGAGAGACUUGACCUGAGUUCGGUGAACAAUGGGAUGCAACAGACAGCUUCACAGCCUCCGACGCCCCUAUUUUUUGUCGGCAAGGGCGUGCGUCUGAAAAGAAAGAAUGGGGGGGAGGAUUAUCGUGGGCGGGAUCCGGUAAUGCAAUUCUGCUCUGCACAGCAACGUUUACAUCAUAUGCAAGCACGCUCGGCGUCGCCGGAUAAAGCCCACUCUUACGAGGAGUACGAGCAGGCUCUCACGUCGCCAUGGAGCCAAUCACCGGCCCCAUCACCGGCACCCAAACAGGAUCCGCAUGAGAAUCCCUUUUUUGCUCCCCCAAAAGUUGACGAGGAAUCAUUCAAUCCCCAAGUUGGGAGCCCUGUAUACUCGGCCCAAGAACAGGUUAAUGCAAUUGGAUUUGAGAGUGCGUGGACGGUUAUCCAUAUACCGCUGAUUCAUCCUAGCCAGUCUGAGUCGCUGAACACAUCCUUUCUCUCAAUGCCUUCGACCGGUGCUUCCUACAGGCACAGUUCCCUAUUCCGGGGCACUAUGCCUGUGCCAGGAAGUGAGCACUUGUCAAGACACGAUUCGCCGGGUCACAAGAAGACUCCUAUCGCCAUUCUUUCGAUAUUGAGUCCUGUUAUCCCGUAUCCGAGGAAUUUGAUUCAUUCACUCUCUCACCUUGCGCCGUUGGCUGCUACGGCAUUUUCUCUGGCGCAAGGCUAUGCCAAUGUUGUGAAUCAACUCGCCCACUCACGAUAUAGGGGACCCUUGAAGCAGAAGAUGGGCGUGGAGUCGGUAUUGGCCAAUUCUUUCAACCAUCCAGCCCCUGCUUCUCCUGAUGGUUUUUGUGGGGCGAGUGCUACGAGUCUGAGCGAAAUGAGCAGUCCCCUGUCAAAGGAUAGUUCGUCUAGGGUCGCAAGCCCUGGUUGGGAGGGCGCCGCGCCGGGCCCCCGCGGUGAUGGCUCGGGCCGCAGGUCGUGGAAUAACAGCACGGCUAGCACCCCUGCUAGUCCGGGGAUGGAGCGACAGGACGGAUACUUUGGACCGCCGUCACGGGGAGGGAAGAUAUUUAGUCGGCAGAACAGUGGGAAUGUUCCGACGCUUUCCACCCUGCGAGCUGGGAUUCCGGCGGUGGAAUUGAGGGUUCGGAUAGAGGAUGAGGGCGCUGCGGGAUCUAGCGGAAUUGCCAAGGGAAAGAGACGGGGCGAGAGUAUUCAUGCUCCGCAGAGGAGGCGGGCCGACAUGGGGGUGGGCUCGGGUAAGUUUCCUAACCAUACGGAUCCACGGAGGGGUACGGGUCCGGGUAAGACUCCCACACAAUUUCUUGGUGGGAUCGCAGGCGAAGGGGCAUUGCCGUCCGCGUUGCCGGGCUCGGAAACAGCACAUCAACAUCGCCGUGGCCGAGGAACACCCCGAAGGAAGAGGUUUGGGCUAGCUCCGGGUUACCCACAUACUUUGUUACAUUCCUAUGGAGCAGGGUAUGCGGCAACCUUCCAAUCGUUAUACGCUACGACUUCAGUGACUUCACUCCCCAGUACUCCAUCCGGACGGCACAGUAUAUUUUCCAAAUUGCCUACUCCUAGCCAGCCAUUGAAUGAAAUUCCUCCCCCUUCCAACAGGUUGCUAAGGACUAUUAUUGAUUCUGUUCCUGUUCAUGUUUUCACAGCUUUACCACACACCGGGGAAACAACUUGGGUUAAUGAAAGGAUGUUGACCUACAGAGGAUCCUCGCCUGAAGAGUUCAUGAAAGGGCCUUGGGAUGCUCUUCAUCCUGACGACCGGGAGAAUUAUGUGAAACGGUGGGGAAUUGCAAUUCAGAAAGGCGAAGCGUUCUCACAUCAGGUGCGGAUCCGCCGGUUCGAUGGGGUUUAUCGCUGGUUCAUGAUCCGUGCUGUUCCGUUGCGAGAUUCGCGGGGUAUAAUUGUGCAUUGGCUUGGUACUAAUAUGGAUAUUCAUGAUCAGAGGCUGGCGGAGGUGGAUGCCGCGCGUCAGUCAGAGAUGGCCGAAUCGGAGUCUAAAUACAGGUCGCUUGCGAACUCAAGUCCGCAGAUUGUCUUUGCCGCUACUUCUAAUGAUGGGAUUACCUAUGCCAAUACUCAAUGGCAGGGAUACUCCGGGCAAACUCUUCCCCAGGCUUUGCAAUUGGGAUUUAUGGAGCACGUUCAUCCUGGGGAUAGGCACAAGUGCGCAUUGCCAGGAUUGGGGGAGACUUCGCUUAAUGGGUUGCCAAGCCUUGGGAACUCAUUUAGGAUGACAGCGGGUGGGGGAAACCUCGGGGGCCCUGCAUCUGGAAAGUUCGAGGACGAGAAACCUACAUUUUCCACGGAACUCAGGCUCAAAGAUAAACACGGCAAUUACCGCUGGCAUUUGGUUAGAUGUGUUAGUGUAGAGACUAAUUUCGGCACCGGGGAUGGUCAGUGGUUUGGAACUUGCACCGAUAUCAACAAUCACAAACUGCUCGAGCAGAGGUUGAAGGAAGCGAAUGAUGCUGCGCAGAAGACUAUGGAGAGCAAGACGAGGUUCCUGGCUAACAUGAGUCACGAAAUCCGUGGGUAGAAUUGAUGGCUUUUAGUAUGGUUGUCAACUGACUGGUGGCAGGAACACCUCUUAUCGGGAUAUCGGGAAUGGUUAAUUUUCUCCUUGAUACUCCUCUGAACGGGGAACAACUCGAUUAUUGCCACACAAUCUCCCAGAGCUCGGAUGGGCUUUUGAGUGUCAUCAAUGACAUUCUCGACUUAUCUAAGGUUGAGGCCGGCAUGAUGAGGAUGAAUCCUGAAUGGUUUAGGAUCAAUACUUUGAUUGAAGACGCUAAUGAGCUCCUGAGUGCAAUGGCCGUCGCUAAGGACCUCGAACUGAACUUUAUUGUUGAAGAUGACGUUCCCCCUGUGGUUUGCGGUGAUCGGGUCAGGCUGAGGCAGGUGAUGUUGAAUGUCAUUGGGGUAUGUUAUACUCUGUGAAUCCAGCGCCGAGUGCCAUAUUCUUGAAAACAUAUAAUUUAACUUUGCCAUAGAAUGCUAUCAAGUUCACCACCAAGGGCGAAGUUUUUUCGAGGUGGUCUGUCAUAAAGGAUGCCCAAGUUGGGGAGGGCGAGGUCAUGCUACGAUUCGAGUGCCACGAUACCGGACCUGGUUUUGACCGGAAGGAUGAAGAGUUGAUGUUUAAGCCAUUUAGUCAAAUUGACGGGUCUAGCACCCGGGCACAUGGGGGCAGCGGGCUGGGAUUAGUCAUCUCACGGCAACUUGUUGAACUUCAUGGUGGGCGGAUGACAGCGAAGAGCGAGAAGGGCAAGGGAUCGUAUGCCGUACUUCUAUUUUUCCUGACGGACGGCGCAAGGGCAGUGAGAGUGCUGACAAGUACGCAGCACCUUUAUCUGCAGCUCGAAGUUCAGGCUACCACGAAAUCCAAGCGAUCCGUCGACUACCCCACAAGCCGUGAUAACGCCUUCGGCAAUUACCGAGUCACCUGGUCAAAAGCGAGGCAUUCUGGAGUCUGCUCGGCUCAACAAUUAUCAAUCAGACACUCCUCCAGGCCUGACAUUUAGUGAAGGUCAUUCUUUGGCUGCCCCAUCCUCGGAUAGCCCCGAGCCUCCUUCCACUGCUUCUAUCCGAGCCACUGGCUCUGUGGUCGGGCAGGUGCAUGCCCUCCCCAUCCGGCCCCCGCCCGAUCCUGCUUCCAUGCGACUUUCCCUUCCAUCUGGGGUCCAACGAAAGUACAUGGCGCACACUCCUGCUCAAUUUGGGAGGUGCGAUUCGGCAGAUUAUCAAGGCUCUCCAAGAGAUUCCGAGCUUGGCCGCGCAGUCUCCCCUCCGAUGUUUUCCAUAUUAAUUGUUUCCGAACAGCAUUAUUCCCGAGUCGCUAUCGCCCACCAUAUCAAGGUGACGUUACCUAAGGGUAUUCCAAAUCAAAUCACGGCUGUGUCCGAGUUUUCUGAGUGUAGGGAUUUGAUUGGUGGAGCGGAUCCCGUUGUGUUUAGUCAUGUUGUCAUUAAUCUUUCUGAGCACUUGGAGAUUAUCGAGCUCUUGACCAUGUUAUUGAGUAGUUCGAUCCAUUCGCAGUCAACCACCCUCCUGCUCACCAAUCCUACGCAGAGGACAGCCAUCAUGCAGGGCGCGGCCGAUGUAUGUGAUCACCUAGGCUUGAGAUUGCAGUUCAUUUACAAGCCUAUCAAGCCUUCACGUUUUGGCGUCGUAUUUGAUCCGGCCAAUGAAAGAGAUGCUUCCAUGGAUAGAAAUAGAGAUUCUGCGCAGCAGGUUGUAGAGAGCCAGAAGAGGGUUUUCACUCAGAUGGAGAAAGAGGUUGGGAAUAAGGGGUACCGGGUGCUCCUUGUUGAAGAUAAUAGAGUGAAUCAGAAAGUUCUGUUGAAGUUUUUGGGUAGGGUUGGUUUAGAAGUUGAGACAGCGAGCGAUGGCGAAGAGUGUGUCGAAAAGGUCUUUGAGCACGAGCCGGGGCAUUAUGGGCUAAUACUUGUGCGCCUUCCCUUCCCUUCUGGCUAGCUGGGCUAAUUUGUCUCAAUAGUGCGAUCUCCACAUGCCAAGAAAAGACGGAUUCCAGGCCACGGAGGAAAUCCGUCGCUGGGAGCAGGAACGCAAAGCGCGCAGAAUACCUAUUGUAGCUCUUUCAGCCAAUGUGAUGUCGGACGUGGCGGAUCGGUGUAUUGCUGCCGGAUUUUCUCGAUACGUUUCGAAGCCCGUGGACUUUAGAGAAUUGAGCACAACGAUUAAGGAUCUGUUGCAGGAUCCCCAAGACGGCGAAUAUGGUCAUAUUGAAUAAGCGGAGCUGGUCGGGGUUAUGUCUUAUAUUCCUCUUUUUGCUUUUCUUCCUUUUCUUUUCUAUCUUUUCAAAUUAAAUUUUUAUAUGUAUUGGUUUCUUCUUUUGCUCUUUUCCCAUCCUCCGGUGUGAUAGGUUCUGGUCUCGUUCCCAUACUUGCUACGGUAUCUUCUUAAUGGCUUCGGAAAAAGAAACAGGUUGCUAUUUGGGCACUCGGAACACGUGAUGUCUCCAUCCCUCCCUCCUCCCCCCCCUUCUCAUUUCACCGGCACACCCGUGACGUUUGUCCGCCUUAUCAAUCGUUCUCUUCUUCUAGCAGCUGAUGAUUUCAUUCUUUUAUACAUAUAUUGGCUAUUACAUUUUCGUUUCUUGUGGGCUGUAGUUUUAGUUUGGCUUGGGUGCUGGAUUUAUCAGUUUGUAUUCGGGCGGAAUAUGCAUUGGUGGCUUUGGUUUGGAUUUAGGAUUUUAAGGUUGCGUUUUACCUUGUCUAACAGGGUAUGGGGGGCUUAAUUGAUACCAGUUGGAUGGGCGGCUUUAUAUGGGUGGAGGGAGGGAGGGCCAUGGGCCCGAGAGGUGUAUUUACGAUGAGUUAUGGUGGCAAUGAUAUAGACUUUUUUCCUU